AUGUUCUCUUCGAUGGCUCCGUUCCCCAAUGACACUUGGACUAUGACAUCAAGUGAGAAAAAUUCUUCCAUGGAUUUCUACUACUUAGAAGAUACAUCCGAUGUAAGUGAGCCGCUGUUUGUAAUGGCACCGCUCUGGCAACAACCGACGGAUCGAUUGAGGGCACUGCCACAACCGGCUCAUGAGGCUUGGCUGAGCAUGCGAAAUGAGUUAUUCGAGGUCACUGACAUCCCUAAUGUCGUCCACCCAACAAAAUGUGAAGAGAAACUUUAUUUGCACUCUUGGAGCACUGGAACUGUAAACGAAAAUAGCAGAAAUGUGAAGCGUUGUCCCAAGACGAUCUCUGCAAGCUCCGCACAAAAAGAAAUCGUCUCCACCCAGGCUCGCUGUAGCAACUCGACGUCCGCGGAGUGCGCCUAUUGCAAAAGUGUCGGGAAGGUGGCAGUAGGUCAUGCUAAAACCGCAUGUCCUGUGUUAUUUUCUAUGAAGCCGUGCUCAUUGUGUGGAGCGGACGGUUACGAGAAUCACACCGAAACGUACUGUCCAUCCAAGGAGAAGGUGAAACUGGAGCUGAAUCCAAGCUAUUUGAUGAGGGCGGAUCAAAGAAAAAGAGAGCCCAGAAUGUCGUUUCUGUUUCUUUGUUUGCUUCUCGUCACACUCGCGUACUCUGCGCCUCCCAUCGUCCCAGUGAAACCUGACGAAAUAGAGCUCCUUGUCGCACCCAAACCACGCGCAUGCGUGGAUGGAGUGGAUAACGUUGUACAAAUCGCCGAUGUCGAAGGAGCGACAAAUCGUAUUCGCACCCAGGACGUUGUUGUUCAGCUGUAUGAUUCGAAGGGGAAGCCAACAUGCUAUAAUGGUCAUGCGAAAAUACCUCUACCAGGAUUUGUCAAGCUUGUUAAAGGGAAGGUCAUUGUCACCGGACCAUCUGACAUAAGAAAAUCUGGAGAAGUGUUGUUUACUUUCACGAAGAAACAACUCGUCGGCACUUUAUGUAGUGAAGGCAAACCGCUCAACAAGCUGAUUCCAAGCGAGGCAUGCCGUCAAACUUUGUACCCUGAGAUUGGCGAAGAUUUUACGACCAUGCUCAGCACACCAGGCACCUAUGACAUGGAGAAGAUAAAAGAAACCGCCGGUGUGGGACCCAUGAUCCCGCUGCCUUCGAUCAACAGCGCUAUCAAAUUAAUUGUUAGGGGUGAUUGGCAAGCAUCUCUAAAGAUCGUGUCAGAAGGACAAUCCAUCGCUCACAUUAAAGUCCCGUCAAACGGCGAAUGGGUGUAUAUCGAUUGA